UAAUCAACUAAGCGUUAGAACUUAAAAACAACGCGGAUACCUCUUUCUCAACAUGCGUCCCACUUACAAAAUACAAACAUCCCUUCUAUUAUAAUGAAUAUAAAUACUCCCUCUCAUACCUUUCUCUCAUUCAAAAACAACCACCAUGGCUUCAACUUUGCUUUCAAAUUUCACAUUCUUAGCCUCGUUUCUCAUAAUCAUCUCAACCCUAAUCAACCCAUCCUCCGCCACCAUCCCCCGCCGUCUCGCCGUCGUCCAAACACCACCCACAGUCCUCACUUACCACAAAGGCUCCGUCCUCUACGGCAACAUCACCGUUAACCUCCUCUGGUACGGCAAAUUUUCACCCGCACAGAAGUCCAUCAUCAUCGACUUUCUCAAAUCUCUCAACAACCACCUCCCGCCACCUCCUUCCGCCGCUUCAUGGUGGCAGACCACCCGUAGAUACAAAGGCGGGAAAAGGAGCAUACACGUCGGGAAACAACUCGUUGAUGAAAAAUACUCCCUUGGGAAAUUGCUUAAAGAAUCCAAUCUCAUUUCUUUGGCUUCUAAAGCUAAAGGCUUUAACGUCAUCAGCCUGGUGCUCACGGCGGCCGACGUCGGAGUGGCGGGGUUCUGCAUGAACCGCUGCGGGACUCACGGGACUACUCGGGUGAACAAAGGACAUAAUUUCGCAUACGGGUGGGUGGGUAACUCGGCAACUCAGUGUCCGGGUCAAUGUGCCUGGCCUUUUGCUCAGCCGAUGUUUGGCCCAAAAAUGCCAUCGUUGGUGGCGCCCAACGGCGACGUUGGCGUCGACGGCAUGAUAAUCAACCUGGCGGCGGUUCUAGCGGGGACGGUGACGAAUCCGUUUGACGGCGGGUACUUCCAGGGUCCGGCUACUGCUCCAUUGGAGGCGGUUACUGCUUGUACUGGUAUAUUCGGGUCGGGUGCUUUUCCCGGGUACCCGGGAACAGUUUUAACGGAUAAAAAGACGAAAGCUAGCUAUAAUGCGCAAGGCGUGAACAAGAGGAAGUAUUUGUUGCCGGCUAUGUGGGACCCUAAGACUUCCACGUGUAAAACACUCGUGUGAGAUAAGAAUUGGAUAACUACGAGGAUGACGUGUCAUAAUAUGACCUGUCAUUUAAAAUUUAAAUAUAUAUUUGAUUUAUUUGGUUGAUAAAGUACGUGGAGUGAAAAAAUGUAAAAAAACGGUGUAUUGUGUAUUUAUGGUUUCAUUUUUACUUUCA